GGCGGUGGGGGGGAGGCGGAGGGUGUGUGCGUCACUUCCGUUGUCAGGUGGCUGGCGCCGCGGAGCGGAGCGGAGGCCGCGGGCGGGCGUGGGGCUGCGGGAGGCGGCGGCGGCCGCGCCGGCCCCGGGGCCAUGGAGUCCUCGACCUUUCGACCAUCCAGCCUUCUCCAAGGUGACGCCUCCUGUCUCCUGAGACGUUGGAAAACCUAGUUUGGAAGAAGAGUAAAGAUACAGUUGAUGCUGAACUACAGCCCAAGAUGAAGCGGCGAGCAUCAGACAGAGGAGCUGGGGAAACAUCUGCUAAGGCAAAAGCUCUUUGUACUGGGAUUUCUGGAACUAAUGCCAAGAGAGCGGGCCCUUUUAUCCUAGGUCCACGUUUAGGUAACUCCCCCGUGCCAAGUAUUGUUCAGUGUUUGGCAAGAAAGGAUGGGACAGAUGACUUUUACCAGCUGAAGAUUCUCACCUUAGAAGAAAGGGGUGAUAAAGGCAUAGAGACCCAGGAGGAGCGACAGGGCAAGAUGCUGCUGCACACGGAGUAUUCUCUCCUUUCCCUGCUCCACAACCAGGAGGGAGUGGUUCACCAUCACGGGCUCUUCCAGGACCGAGCUUGUGAAAUUAUAGAAGAUCUAGAAGCCAACAGAAUGGUCAGGAAAAUGAAGAAGCGCAUUUGUCUUGUGUUGGACUGUCUCUGUGCUCAUGAUUUCAGUGACAAAACAGCAGAUCUGAUCAAUCUGCAGCAUUAUGUCAUUAAAGAGAAGAGACUGAGCGAGCGGGAGACGGUAGUGAUAUUUUAUGAUGUGGUACGAGUGGUAGAAGCAUUACAUAAGAAAAAUAUUGUGCACAGAGACUUGAAACUAGGAAACAUGGUGCUAAACAAAAGGACUCAUCGAAUAACCAUAACAAACUUCUGUCUGGGGAAGCACCUGGUGAGUGAAGACGACCUGCUGAAAGACCAGCGCGGGAGCCCUGCCUACAUCAGCCCCGACGUGCUCAGCGGACGGCCGUACCGCGGAAAGCCCAGUGACAUGUGGGCGCUGGGCGUAGUGCUGUUCACCAUGCUCUACGGCCAGUUCCCCUUCUACGACAGCAUACCUCAGGAGCUCUUCCGCAAGAUCAAGGCUGCCGAGUACACCAUCCCUGAGGAUGGACGGGUCUCAGAAAACACUGUGUGCUUGAUCCGAAAACUGCUGGUCCUGGACCCACAGCAGCGUCUGACGGCGUCGGAAGUGCUGGAUUCUCUCAGCUCCAUCAUAGCCUCGUGGCAAUCCAUGUCCUCGCUGAGCGGCCCUUUGCAAGUCGUGCCGGACAUUGACGACCAAGUGGCUAACCCUGAAAACCCUCAGGAGGUGAAGGUGACGGAGGAGUGCUCGCAGUACGAGUUCGAGAACUACAUGAGGCAGCAGCUGCUCUUGGCUGAGGAGAAGAACACCUUGCAUGAGGCCAAGAGCUUCCUACAGAAGCGGCAGUUUGGGAACAUCCCCCCCGUGCGACGCCUGGGCCACGACGCGCAGCCCAUGAACCCGCUGGACGCGGCCAUCCUGGCCCAGAGGUACCUUCGGAAGUAGCUGCCCACGCACCCGAGAGCACAAGCACUGUCCUGCAGCCUGCCUUCACGUCACCUACUACAGCCCAACAGCAAUACCCGUGUCCUGUGGUGGAGAUUAAUGUAGCAAUUCUUCUGAGCUCUGUCCUGGGACACGCACUCACACUCGCUCUGGAGGGAGAAGACUUUUGAAAAAGCUAGUUUUGGAAGCAGCAGCCUCUUGGCAUCUUCUGGAAUCUGUUUUUUAAAUCGAAGCCUAGAUGACUAAUCUGCUUUUAAUCAUGACUGUAAUCUACCUCUCUUGUCUUUUUAACCAUGCUGUUCUCUGGAUCGAGCAAAGCCUGUGGGAAAGGAGAAGACUACCCGGGGUGAAGCUGGUUUGCUGGCACAGGAGUCGCGGCUGUGCCGUACGGAGUCGGCUGAUUGCGUUUGCUCCAUAUGGUUUGAAUAAGCUUAGAUUUAUCAGGGUUUCUCGAAAGGAAGAAUUUCCUGAAACCUCCCACUUCCCUUCAUCCGUAUCGAAUCUUUUUCUGUCCUUAACGUACCACCUGGUUUGGCUGUGUUGGCCAACCCGUGGUGGCCUCGCGUGGGCUGCAGUGCUCCGGGGCCUUUGUCUGUGGCACAAACAGCCGCCCAGAGAGCCCGGCCGCCCCCUCGGGCCAGGGCCGUCCUUGCACUCGCUGCAAAGGUCACGUCUGGUCCACAGUUCAAAGAUUUUGCAGGACUCGGCCCAGCGCGGCCUCUGACCUCUUUCCCACCUUUCACUGAUUCUUUUUAGUUUCGUAAGGAUAUAUGAUUUAAUCUUAUUUUUUCAGUAGCUUAUCUAAGGUGCAGUUAAAAUUGCAUUAAUUCUGAUUUUUAGCCUUUUCACACUUCAGUUGUGGUACAGACAUAAUAUAUGAUUUAUAAUGUGAAAAAGCUUCCCAAAAUAAUCUGCCUAGAAUUAGGAAGGGGCUGGCUGAAGUCUCUACUGUAUUUGUUCCCCAGCUUUUCUUGCCAUCCCAACCUCGUGCGGCGCUGAGGCGGGAGAAGGAUGUCCCGGUUCGUCACCCGAUGCGCCUGGGAGAGCGUUUGCCUGCGCUGAGAACAGGAACGAUUGUUUCUGAGCCUCAUUUUCUGAACUGGAUGCCUGUCUUGCCAGAUGAACUGUUCUCGCGCAGCGUCCCAGGGCUCGCGGUGCCCCAGCGCCGCGGCAGCUCCAGCAUCACUCGGGCACGAGGAGAUGUGAGCGGGGCUGGGAAAAGCUGCUGUAGCCUCGGCUUUUUGGGGGCGGGAGGGCAGGGAGCGAUAGCGGAUCCAUUUGUAGCAUUUGCCGUCUCUUGCCCCGCGCUGGGGCCGGUUCCAGCCUGGGCCACGCUCCUGGUGACUUUGUGGGGAUGCAGGGAUUGACCUGAAACUCCUGGGCAGCGUUGGGCAUUAGUCCUGCCUGCAAACUCCCCGUGGCCGCGGGCAGGGAAUUGUGAACACUAAUACAGACCAGAACAGUCGCACCCCCAGCCAGCUGAGCCAAUAGCCUAAUCUUAGCCUUAUUUAUUUGGAAGACGGUAGGUCUGUCCUGUGUCCCCAUCGCCCCCCGUGCCACCAGAGCAGCCCUGAGCACCAUCUCCAUCUGCUUUUCUCCUGUCUCGCUCCCACCUCUUUAUUGUGUGGGGGGUGGUUGGUUGGUUUGUUUGUUUUCCCAAAGUUAAAGCAAUAUUCGGGGGACUCUGCAAGGCUGUAUCAUACCCAGUAUUCCUGCGCACCGCUCAUCGCCAGUAACUCACCCGUGUAUUAAAGCGAACUGGAAGGGGGGCGGUGUGGGGGAGGGGCCGCGUGGCGGGAAGGAGCCUGUUGUAAGAAAAUAGAAAAAGAGGAAAAAAAAAAAAAAAAAAAGGAAAAAAAUUUGUAUAAAGACAUUAUUUUUGUACUACAUCCAAACUACUCCUGCAUGUUGGCAAUAAAACUUCAUACCGAGA